AUGGACGUUCUGGACCAGGUCGCCAGUCGACUUACGCCCAUCAUAUACGGCGCAUGCUGGACCAACCUGUUGCUCUACAUGGCCAGCACUCUUGUAGUCUUCAUCCGCCGCGGCUGUGUCAGCUACGCCGCCUCCGUUCUGUUCGCAUGCGCUCUGUGGCUGCACAUCACGCUCUUCAACUCCUGGUUCCUGCUGCCGGCACUCUUCCGCCAUCUGCACGGCGUCGAGCUCCAUGGCGGCGGCGCUGCCGACCUUAUACGCCGUCUAGUGAGCAGCCACGCCGCCGCGGGCCUGGGGCUUAUGCUGCUUGGCUGGCUGGCUAGCUCCCUGGCCAUCUUCAACGCCAUCGGCAUGUUGCAGAUCGAGGGUUGCGGCGCCCUCGGCCCACACAACCACGCGUCCGGACUUGCGAGAUUCGUCAUUCGAGCCGCUGAACGGGUCAGCCAGCGUGUGGGCAUCGAGGGCGCCGCGAGUCCGACACUCGGCGGCCCCGACGAGUCAGCAGCAGCAGCGGCAACCCGAAAGAGCAUAAUCUUCAUGUUUCCACGUUUCGUCCACGCAUGCAUCCCGCUGCCGGCGCGAGGACUGCCGGCACCCGAGUAUGGCAACGAGAGGCACUGGGUGGACCGGAAGACUGUCAGUAAACCCGCCGAUGCCGUUCUCACUGCCGGCGCCAGGACGAUGGCCUUCACGCCUCCUGUAGGGGUGGCGUCGGGAUUGAGAUCUUCACAUAUCGAGGAGAGGAAAUAG